ACACAGAUGUCAUCAUACAAGUGCCACCGGUUAGCUUUCUUCUACAGGAGCAAUAUCACUCAGUUUAGGGAGUAAUUUGACUUUAGUCACUGUCCCUUUCCUCUCGGUUUGUUUGCUUUUCAGAGGACGUAUCCGACUGCGUUUGAACUGCCUUCCAAGCGGCGCUGUCGUUAGCUGUUCUGUGCUCAACGUUAGCCAAGUGCUAACAACUCUGACAGCAACUUAGUUACAUGUGUUUAGCACUGUUGACAUUUUCACUGGUAGUCGAACUACAGGGACAAAGGAGACUCUGACAGCCAUCCUCGGCAGAUAUCAUGGAGCUCCAGGCGGUUUUGAUGGCAGCUGGAGGGGGCUCUCGUAUGACUGACUUGACAUACAACACCCCAAAGCCUAUGCUGCCUGUUGGCAACAAGCCCCUCAUGUGGUAUCCUCUUAAUCUGUUAGAGAGGGUGGGAUUUGAAGAGGUGAUCGUAAUUACCACCAAAGAUGUUCAAAAGAUGAUGAGCACAAUGAAGAUGGACGUUAAGAUGAAACUGGAGGUCGUUUGUAUCCCGGAGGAUGGAGACAUGGGCACUGCAGACGCUCUCAGACACAUCCAGCAGAAGAUCAAGACGGACAUCCUGGUCAUGAGCUGUGACCUUAUAACAGAUGUGGCACUUCAUGAGGUGGUUGAUCUGUUCAGAGCCCACAAUGCAACACUGUCUAUGCUGAUGAGCAAGGCCCAUGAAUUUACAGAGACAGUCCCUGGACAGAAGGGCAAGAAAAAGACAGCUGAACAGAGAGACUUUGUUGGUGUCGAUCCAUCAGGAAAACGGCUGCUGUUCUUGGCCAACGAGGCAGAUCUGGAGGAGGGGCUAUCAAUUAGGAAGUCCAUCAUGAGGAAACAUCCCAGGAUGCACAUCAAAACAGGCCUCGUGGACGCUCACCUCUACUGCCUGAAAAAAGCAGUGGUGGACUUCCUCGUAGAAAACAAAUCCAUCACAUCAAUCCGUGGUGAGUUGGUACCAUAUUUGGUACGUAAGCAAUUUUCCAAAACAACCAACAGUCACAGACCCAAAGACGAUGCUGAGGAUCAGAACCAGAAAAGGACCGACUGCCCCGCAAACCACGAAAUCCUCAUCUCAUCAUGGGAUGAGCCUCUACUCAAGCUGGCCCAGGAGCGCUCUUGUUGGAACGACCAUCACGGUGACAUGAGUGAGGCUUACCAUGGAGGAAAGCUGCGAUGCUAUGUGCACAUUAUGGAGCAGGGCCUGUGCUACCGUGUCAACACUCUAGCUGCUUACAUAGAGGCAAACAGACUGGCCCCAAAGAUGUUUGAGGAGCCAGCAGUCCAUCCAAGUGCUAUUAUUUCUGAGAGAUGUCAGGUGGGAUCAGACAGUAUCAUUGGUUCUCAGUGCCAAGUCGCGGAUAAGACUUCUAUAAAGAGGUCCACCAUUGGCAACUCCUCCACUGUAAAAGAGAAGGUCAAAGUCGCCAACUCUAUCAUCAUGCACGGGGUUACCAUUGAGGAGGGGUGUAAUAUCCAGGGCAGCGUGAUCUGCAGUAACGCGGUCAUCGGCCGAGGAGCAGACCUCAAGUACUGCCUGGUGGGGAACGGUCAGCGGAUCGAACCAGAGGCUGAAAGGACUAAUGAGGUCAUCGUUGGAAUGGACCAGCUGAUGGAGAUCUAGCUCCCAUGGAUAAGGAGUGGCGACGUCUCAUUGACCAACCAGAGAGCAGCAAAAACCCUGAAGGCCGACUAAAUUCGUCAGCUGAUGACCGGACAGAAGCCCGGAUGCUGCCGGACUGUUUCGCUCUUUUUUUUGUACAUUGUGUCCAAAUAAAGGCCGGUCUGCUUUCAGCCAUUA